AUGUUAGAUCCACGAUUCAAAUUACAUGUGUUUAGAAACCAGGUUUACGCAGCUGAUAUUAAAAAAACAGUUAUUGACCUUGUCACUACCAAUAUAAAUAACAAUUUGCCAAUUCAGCAAGGAGGAUAUGUGGACGCCCCUGAAGAACCCAUAGCAAAAAGAAAUAAGUUUGAUAUUUGGGACGAAUAUGAUACCAUAGUAAACACAGUGCGCCCUGAAGGUACACCUAGAUCGCAGGCAGUGCCGAAAGUACAGAGAUACCCAGAGUUACCUGUUACAGGAAGACAGCAAGAUCCAUUAGAAUGGUGGAAGACUUUCAAGCAUAGCUUUCCCAAUUUAGCAGUUUUGGCCAGAAAGAAAAAAAUUUAUUGCUACUUCUGUACCCUGUGA